AUGGAUCUUGCUCGACCGGAACCCGGCCGACGAAUGUCAUUGUCGGCAGCUGGUCACAUAUCUUUAGACGAUGUCGAGGCCGUUGAUAUACAAAUUCGAAAUCUAUCGGUCACCGUCGAUACUUCGCCUUCGAUAUGGGAUCCUGCGACUUACCCAGAUUUAUUUGGAAAAAUGCUUGGGAAAGGUCCUGGUGGUCCAACAACCAAAACCCUCCUAACUGGCGUCGAUGCGGACCUGAAACCGGGGACACUUACAGCUAUUCUUGGUGGUAGUGGUUCUGGGAAAACAACGUUAUUAAAUACAAUUGCGGAACGUAUGUUUAGUUCGAGAUUGUCUCAGGCGGGGGUUACCACUUUCAAUGGACAGGAGGGUGUACAUUCAGUAAGACACGCAUAUGUAAUGCAACAGGAUAUAUUACUCCCAACUUUAACGGUGCGAGAGACGUUAAGAUAUUCUGCGAACUUGAGAUUACCACCACCGACAACCGAGGAGGAACGAAUGCGCAUUGUGGAAGAAGUCAUCCUUGAACUGGGAUUGAAAGAUUGCGCGGAUACUAGAAUCGGUAAUAGUCAACAUCGCGGGUGUAGUGGUGGUGAAAAACGAAGGACGAGUAUUGGCGUACAACUUCUAGCAAAUCCAUCGAUUCUCUUUUUAGACGAGCCGACUACCGGAUUGGAUGCGACAAGUGCCUAUCAACUAGUCAGGACGCUUAAGGCUUUAGCGAAUAAGGGGCGAACUAUUAUAACGACUAUUCAUCAACCGCGAUCUGAAAUCUGGGAUUUAUUUGACAAUCUAGUGCUUUUAUCUAGGGGGAGCCCCGUAUACUCUGGAUCUAUGAAAGAAUGUAUCCCUUGGUUUUCAAAACUUGGGUUCGAACUACCUGCGUUUGUUAACCCUGCCGAAUACUUGAUCGACCAAGCUGCGGUUGAUAACCGGACCCCGGAGCUUGAAGAGGAGAGUACUGCGAGAGUUGGGCGACUAAAGGCCGCAUGGAAUGAGGAGUCGCGAAGACUUUUCAAAUCUUCUAGCGAUGAAAAGUCUGCUGAGAAGGACAAUAAACGCAAGAGGCCGAAGAUGACGCAGCAUGCAAGUUUCUUCCGUCAAGUACGGGUAUUGACGGACCGAACAUUCAAAGUCACGUACAGAGAUCCGAUGGGAAUGGCUGGAUCUUUAAUGGAAGCUAUCCUUAUGGCUAUCAUCACCGGGUACAUUUUUUACGACCUCGCCCGGGAUCAAUCCGGAAUCCGGUCAAGACAGGGUGCUCUUUAUAUCUCGGUUGGUCUGCAGGGUUAUCUGUUCUUGACGUUUGAGAUAUAUCGAUUAACGAUGGAUAUCCCGACUUUCGACCGCGAGAAUAGCGAAGGUUGUGUGACCGCCCUACCUUACAUAUUAUCCCGCCGAAUCGCGCGCCUCUUCACCGAAGAUAUACCCGUGCCGUUUUUGUACAGCGUCAUAUUCUAUUUUAUGGCCGGCUUCGACCUUAAUGUUUCCAAAUUCUUCACAUUCUUUUCCGUAAUCUUACUUAAUCAUUAUACUGCGGUUACUCUUGCGAUGAGUUCCGUCGCCGCCGUUAGGAAUUUCCCAGGUGCGAGUUUGAUCGCCAACCUUGCGUACACGUUGCAGAGCAUGGCCUGCGGAUAUUUCAUUCAGAGCAAUACAAUCCCCGUCUACGUAAGGUGGACCAAGUAUAUUACGUACACUUAUUACGCUUUCGGGGCUCUUUGCAGUAAUGAAUUCGAAGGCAGCUUCUACGAUUGUCCAUUGCCAGGCGGCGAAUCAAAUCCAGGUUGCAAGUCAUAUACCGGACGAUACAUCGUGGAUAAUCUUGGAUUUCCUGAAAACUGGGUGGCUCGGCCAAUAAUAGCGAUACUCGGUUUCGUCCUGCUCUUCUUUUUAACCUCUUGGAUCGGUCUUGCAUUUCUAAAGGUGGAAAUGUCAAUUGCACGAGCACGGGCCUCCGAUACGGAUCUUUCUGCUGGAAAAGAGAAGAUGACUGCAAGGUCCAUUCACGAGGUCCGUGCAAUAGAUGUUGGCCUUGAUGAUUUCUCGCUAGCACUUGACAAAAGAACGCCGCUUGGGAAGAAAUUACCGACUAAGACUAUCCUCAAUCCUGUUAACACGACGUUCCAUGCUGGCACACUCAAUGUUAUUAUGGGUCCAUCUGGUUCGGGAAAAACUAGCUUGCUGAAUGCUAUGGCGCUGCGUUUGCAUAGCACUCUUGGCACUAGGUAUAAGCCUUCUGGCAAGCUGACCUUUAACGAUGCUGUCCCUUCGGAUUCCGUCACACGAUCAAUUGUGUCUUAUGUCUGUCAAGAUGACGACGCAUUACUUCCGUCUUUGACUGUUCGAGAAACCCUUCGCUUCGCUGCUGGUCUUCGUCUUCCCCCAUGGAUGAGUAAAUCCGAAAAGUACCAACGAGCUGAAGAGGUUCUGGUGAAGAUGGGUCUUAAAGAUUGUGCCGACAAUCUUGUAGGUAACGAACUGGUAAAGGGUAUCUCUGGAGGCGAAAAGCGUCGUGUCAGCAUCGCUGUCCAAAUUCUCACUGAUCCCCGGGUCCUAUUACUCGAUGAACCUACGAGUGGAUUGGAUGCUUUCACAGCGAGUAGUAUUCUGGAAGUGCUCCAGGGUCUUGCGAGAGAAGGGCGUACACUUAUUCUCACGAUACAUCAAGCGAGAUCUGACAUAUUUAACCAUUUCGGGAAUGUACUGUUGCUUGCCAGAGGUGGCUCCCCUGCUUACGCAGGCCCAGCCAAGGAUAUGCUACCAUAUUUUAGCAAGCUUGGAUAUCAAUGUCCCCAACAUACUAACCCUGCCGAUUUCGCACUUGAUCUUAUCACGAUAGAUCUACAGGAGGCGCACAGGGAGGAAGAGAGUCGAGAGAAGGUUCGAAAAUUGAUCGACUCAUGGACUCAGAUGACAAAACAAUCCUCAUCAGGAACACCACAAGCCGCUUCACGACUUUCGGAUAUCAACGAGACGGAAGAACCGAAUACGGAAUCAGCAACUGAGAAGGAGACGAGUGUGGAUCAUGCUUCUGAUCACGAGAAGGAAACCGCCGACAUCGUACAUACCCCAGAGGAGGAAGCCGCCGAGGGAGCUCUCGAAAGGCGUCUUUCCAACCCAGCGCCUCGCCGAUCUCUUCAUAAGGCAGCUCUAGCGACACCGGCCGAACUUGGUGCGCUCGUGCAUAAGCGUGCUUCCUUUGCGACAGCUUUCCCUCUUCUGUUACAUCGCGCGAUGAUCAACCUUCGGCGGCAACCGCCGCUUCUACUAGCACGUUUAAUGCAAGUUCUCGGAUUGGCAAUCAUCCUAACACUAUUCUUCGCACCAGUACAUAAUGAUUACUACAGUGUUCAGAACCGGGUGGGUUUCGUGCAGGAGAUCGGUGCUUUCUACUUCGUGGGUAUGCUUCAAAACGUCGCGGUAUAUCCGGCCGAGCGCGAGGUCUUCUACCGCGAAGAUGACGAUGCGGUGUAUAGUGUCGAGGCCUUCCUAUCCACAUACACCCUUCUCGAAGUUCCUUUCGAAAUCGUGGCUUGUCUGCUCUUCGGCAUUCUAGCUGACUUCGCAGUCGGGUUCCCACGCACGGCUGAGAUGUACUUCGUGUACGUGUUCUGCUGCUUCGGCAUCGUGUCUUGUGGUGAAAGUCUGGGUAUUAUGUUCAACACGCUGUUCAAUCACACCGGGUUCGCUGUUAAUAUUAUUUCGAUUCUACUCUCGGUCGCGCAGAUAAUGGCUGGUAUUCUGUCGAUUAAUAUGCCUGAGCUAUUCCGCGUGUUCAAUUACAUCAGUCCGCUGAAAUAUGCGACGGCGGCGCUAGCACCGUUUACGCUAAGGGGUGUGAAGUUUACGUGUGAUGAUAGUCAGAGGUUACCGGAUGGACACUGUACUAUUGAGACGGGUGAGCAGGUGCUGGAUUUGUAUAAGUUGAAUGUGGAUCCGGUUGUUAAUGUUGGCGCGUUGGCGGCGACUAUUGUGGUUUAUAGGUUGGUUGCUUGGUUAUUGUUGAGGUUGGUUAGAACGAGGUGGAAGAGUGUUGUUGAGAAGACUAGGAAGUCUUGA